AUGGCGGAGACGACGACGACGACGACGCGGACGACGACGCGAACGACAGCGGAGAAGCCGCGGACGGUGGUGUUUCUGCACCCGGACCUGGGGAUCGGCGGAGCGGAGCGGCUGGUGGUGGACGCGGCAGUGGGCCUGCAGAAGCGUGGACACCGGGUGGUGAUCUUUACGAGCCACUGCGACCCGGCACACUGCUUUGACGAGGUGCGUCCGGGCAGCGGGACGCUGGACGUGCGCGUGCGCGGGGGCAGCGUGGUGCCGCCGACGGUGCUGGGCCGGCUGGCGAUUGUGUGCGCGAUCGCGCGACAGACACAUCUGCUGGUGCAGAUCUGGGCGUCGGGCGAGCUGGCAGCAUUGCGGCCGACGGCCCUGUUUGUGGACCAGCUCUCAGCCGGGCUUCCACUACUGCGAUGGCGCUGGUGGAAACGGCUCUACCGCAUGCCCUUUGACGCUCUGGAGCAGUGGAGCAUGGGGUUUGCGGACGCGGUGGCGGUCAACUCGCGGUUCACGCGCGGCGUCGUGGCUGAGACGUGGCCGCAGCUGGCAGCUCAUACGGACCUGCAGGUGGUGUAUCCGUGCAUCGAGGUGGGGGAGGACAAGGAAGAAAGGGACAAGGACGAGCCGGUGCUGCCGUGGGGCGGCAUGCCGUUUCUGCUCAGCAUCAACCGGUUCGAACGCAAAAAGGACGUCGGGCUGGCCGUGCGGGCUUUUGCCGGGCUGCCGGCCGGACGACGAGCAGGCAGCCGUCUGGUAGUAGCAGGCGGCUAUGAUCCUCGCGUGGCCGAGAACGUCGAGUACCACCGCGAGCUCGACCGGCUAGCGACUGACUUGGGCCUGCGCACAGCCACGGCCAAGACCAUGGUCUCGGCCUUGGGCGUGCCAGCCGACGUCGACGUUCUCUUCCUGCUGUCGGUCCCGUCCGCGCUCAAGACGGUGCUGCUGCAGGCCGCCCGUCUGCUUGUCUACACGCCGGCCCGCGAGCACUUUGGCAUCGUCCCACUCGAGGCCAUGCUGGCCGGCCUGCCCGUCUUGGCCUGCGAUACCGGCGGCCCGACCGAAACGGUCGUCGAGGACGAGACCGGCUGGUUGCGGCCGCCCGCCGACGUGGCCGCCUGGACUACCAUCAUGAGCAGAGCCCUGCCGGGGGCGGUCGACAGCAUCCCGGAUCCCCAGCGCGCCCGCAUGGCUGCUGCCGGCCGCCGUCGUGUCCGCUCCCAGUUUGCCGGCGCCCAGAUGGCUGCGCGGAUCGAUGGCAUCUACGACGAGCUGGACGCGGCGGCUGGCAGUGGCACCAAGAAGAACCACCGCCCACCACUGCCGACAGGCUUGCUGGUCGUGCUGGCUGGACUGCUGGGCCUGGUCAUCGCCCUGGCCGUCGGCCUGGUCCGGUGGGCUGUGUGA